UCCCAGAGUUUUAGCGUGACCUCUACUGCAGUUGAAAACACUUGGGAGCGGAGGUUGAAUCCAUUUAUUUUUGACGAUGUAAACCAUCUCUGCAAGGAUACAGUGACACUUUGAAUGAGAAACCCCUUCAUUGUGUGCAUAUCCAUCGCAAGAAGGGCUUAUGUGCUCCUCGCCGCUUGAUUUCCGACUCGGGGUGCUCAGUGUUGUUGGGGUAGAGUCCGUUUCAGCUGCACUGCAUCAACAUGGGUGUGAUCGGUGUGCAGCUGGUGGUUACCAUGGUAAUGGCCAGUGUAAUUCAGAAAAUCAUACCUCAUUAUUCCUUUGCAAGAUGGCUACUCUGCAGUGGCAGUCUGCGGUGGUAUCAGCACCCUACGGAAGAUGAGUUGAGGAGCUUAGCUGGGAAACAAAAAGGACAGAAGAAGAAAGACAGGAAGUACAAUGGUCACAUAGACAAUAAGCCACUAACCGUUCCCAAGGACAUAGACUUACAGCUGGAGACGAAAUGCAUCACAGAGGUCGACACAUUAGCGUUGCACUACUUCCCAGAGUUCCAGUGGCUGGUGGAUUUCACAGUAGCGGCAACUGUGGUCUAUCUGAUAACGGAACUCUACUACAGUGUGGCUCAGCCCUCGGGAGAGAUGAACAUCAGUGUGGUCUGGUGCCUGCUAGUACUCGCUUUUGUCAUUAAGACCCUUUUCUCUCUAACGGCCCACUACUUCAAGCUGGAGGAAGGAGGGGAACGUUCACUCUGCAUUACUUUUGCUUUCUUCUUUUUUGUCAAAGCCAUGGCCAUUCUCAUUGUCACUGAAAACUACCUGGAGUUCGGUUUGGAGACAGGUUUUGCAAACUUCUCUGACAGUGCUCUACAGUUUCUGGAGCACCAGGGCUUAGAGUCCCAGGGUCCCAUAUCUAAACUCACCUUCAAGCUGAUCCUGGCCCUACUGUGCUCCCUGAUUGGAGCAUUUCUAACUUUCCCUGGUCUACGAUUGGCCCAGAUGCACCUAGAUGCACUCAAUCUGACCACAGCCAAAUUUACACAGACUCUGCUUCAUAUCAACUUCCUGUCCCCUCUUAUCAUGGUCCUGUUGUGGGUGAAGCCCAUUACCAAGGACUACCUAAUUAACCCCACCCUGGAGAAGGAGAAUGUGCCUUUGAUGACUGAGGAUACAUACGAUACGCUGCGAUUAUGGGCCAUCAUACUGAUGUGUAUACUCCGGCUCGCUAUGAUGAGACAUCAUUUGCAGGCCUACCUCAACCUGGCCCAGAAGGGCGUGGACCAGAUGAAGAAGGAAGCAGGGCGGAUAAGUACCGUUGACCUGCAGAAGAUGGUUGCACGUGUUUUUUACUACUUGUGUGUAAUUGCCCUACAGUAUGUGGCACCACUGGUGAUGCUGCUGCACACAACUUUGCUGCUAAAAACUUUAGGUGGACACUCUUGGUGGGUCUAUCCGGAAGAAGACCUGCCUUGCGUCUAUGAAAUGAACUCUGACUCUGUGAUGGGGGCGGCACCAGUAGCAGCCCCAACACCAGCUUCAGUGGUAGAAACAGGAGCCCGGGCGUCAGUCGCCCAGCUGUCAGUGGCCUUGGGAGGCCUGCGGACUGUCUUCAGCCCCUUGCUUUUCCGGGGCCUCUUCUCUUUCUUUACUUGGUGGAUUGCUGCAUGCCUCUUCUCCACCUCACUCUUUGGCCUCUUUUACCAUCAGUAUCUCAUGGCGGCAUAGCAUCACCAACCCCAUAGUGGCAGCCAGACUCCCACAGGGCUGCUGCAUGUUCAAUCUGAUCAAAAAGGACUGAGUGGGGGCAACAGAGGCCUAUUGAUGACUCUGCUCCACAACUCCUCCUUCCCUCCCUCCCUCUUUCCCUCCCUUUGACCAACUCGACAACAACUGACCAUAUCAUUAGAGCUCCUGGUUCAACCUCCAGUGCUUCCUCCACAGAUGAGUCUGUGAACUCUUGUCAUUGUUUUUACUACAACAAUCACUACCUUUUUUUUUUAAUUUUAAAAAGCAAGAUUUAUAAAUCUUAAUAACAGACUAAAGAAGAAUAUUAUUUGGUGUCAGUGGUGUAUUGGCAGAAUAAUGCUAAAUUGUUCUAGUUUGCUGUGGGAAAUAUGGCUGAUAUGAGGUAAGAUUACGCACCUCAGAUGAUGAUUGCAAUUAAUUUUACAUGUUGAAAUGUGGUGUUGCAGUUCCACCAGUGUUAGGGGAGAGUUUAAUUAAUGUUGUUAAUAUUUCUUUGCAACUGAUCUCAUGUUGUGAGUUUGAUCCAUCAACAUCUUCAGAAAUAUGAUUUUAUUUUUUACCUCGGAACGUCCUAAAUGCAGCCUCCUAUAUCUUUGUGCGUGUACUGACGUGCACAGAGUUGAUUUCAGUCCAUUAUCUUCCUAUUUAAAUCAUUUUAUUUUCAGUGCUCACUGAUGUUUCUUUAGGCUAGUAUUGGUAAAGAAUAACAUUGCAGAGUUAUCCAGGAACCACUAGGGGCGGUACUCUGCAUGACUUGGUGCAGUUUGGUUGGUACUUACUGUAUGUGCAAGGCCUUGACAUUAGGAGUCAUGCAGCCAUCUAUAUUCCAGUAUGUAUUACAGUCCAUGAUAGGGCUAAUUUUCCACAGUGAUACAUUGUAAAGAAGCUACAUUUAGGUGAAAAAAUAUCAUUGAAUCUGGAGAUGUCCUUGGAUGCUAAUGUGUGAUUUGCCUAAAAUCACCCCCUGUUUCCCACAUUUUGGGGAAGUUAACAACUGACAUUUGUGUCCCAUGUGCGUGUUUUGAUCAACAUUUGUUUUUAAGCAAAAUUGCCUGUUUUACUCACAUGUCUAUAAUCCAUUGCCACGGACCACAGAAGUGUCUAAAAUAGUCUUAAAAAGUCUCUGUCUGUAGGAGGGGGGGGGGCAGCCUGUUCCCAGAAUGGCUGUCAGCUAAACGGGGUCCUAGGGUGGACAACUGAAGAAAAGCUGUACCUGAAGUGGAGAUGUUAAACUCAUGGGGAGACAUCUCAUUGACUUGAAGUUGAUGUAUUUAAAUGUUUAUUCUGCGUCAUUACCGCCCUGGUUUUAACUGAGCCAUUUUAGAAGUUAUGAGAGAAUUUGAACCUCUUUUUUUCUGAGCAGCAGAGAGGAUUUAAAGGGAGGACAGCACUGAGGGCUCAGUCAAGAUAUGUGCUAGUGUCUGUGUGUCUGUCUGCAUGUAUAGGAUCUCUGCUGUAGGUCAGCUGUAAUCUGAAAGGGCAUUGUGAUAAUGAAGAGAUGAUGUCACCUACUGUUGAUAAGCUACCGCCUUUAUGUUCUGCUUGCUUUAUUUUUUACUUUGACCCAUCCAUUGCUUUUUAACUCAUCUGAGAACAAACAGUUGUUUGUUUGUUUUCUAAUGGAUCAAAUUGUGAAUUUUGUAAAAGUUUAGAUUUUUAAAAUGGUGCCAUGCGAGUCUGUUUCCCUGUCCCAAUGGCUAUAGAUUAGGUGUCUGCUAGUGUUUGGAACUAUAACUGGACUACAUCGCUGUGGCCUUCUGUUUUCUCUAAUUCCAUCUUCAUAAGGAGGGAAUCACAAGCCCUGGUUCGCAACAAGACUUAACGGAAUUAACUGUCUUUGCAUACUGUUGUACUGCAUACUCUUUGGUGGGUAAAUGUAUGCCCAGUCGUUGUGCUAAAUUAUACACCGGGCGAAUAUGAUUGUCCAGUCCAUUCAGGAAUGUAGGUACGUGGUGCCAGAUUAAUGACAGAAUACACAAUAUUGUAUUUCUCUGGCUUUGUUUUCAUUAUUAUAUUAUAGAGCUGUACUUAGGGUACUACAAAAUCAAACCGCACCAUAUCACAUUCUUUAGCUCCUAAUGUCAAAAGUUUUAGCUUCGGUUUUGUCUGUUUCAAAAGAUGGGGAAUAUGCACAAUAUGAAUGUAUCUAUCCUGCCUAAUUUCUAAAUUGUUUUCAUGAAAAUGAUUAAUUUGACACCCCUUGCCCUUCCUGAACUCUUUACCUGUCUACUACCAUCUGUUUAAUUUACCUUUCAAACUAAAUCUAAUUUGUCUUAAUGACUAUUUGUAUUGAUUGAUUUAUCUUUGUUUUUGUAUUUAUAACACAUGUCGAGGCCUGUAAACAUUUCUAACUCUGACAGCAAACAAUUUAUUUUGUUAUUGGAGAGUGUGAUGACUUAAAUCAGUUUUGAAGACGUGUUUGACAAAUCAUUUACAGAUUAACCUUUUUUAAUGGUCUGGUCCGUUAAGAAGUAGCUGGGAUACUUUCAGAAUUCAGUGACCUGAUGAGGCAAUGUUUCUUCUUUGUUACCACUGAAAGUGUUUAUUAUUCAUUGUUGAGUUCACAAAGUAAAUCACAUUGUUCUUUCAUGUAUUUAUUUCUGCUUUAGAUUUUGUCUUAAAUAAAUUAUGUUCUUUACUAUG